GGGGCAGGCAGGAAGAGUCACAGAGAGGAAGGGGUGACACCUCCCCACACUUGGGAGGGGCCCCCAGCGGUUGCCAAAGCUAUGUGAGGAGGAGGAAGUGAGAGGAGGCUCAGGGCACCAUGGCCCAGGCCCUGGGGGAGGAUCUGGUGCAGUCGCCCGAGCUGCAGGAUGACUCCAGCUCUUUGGGGUCGGACUCAGAACUCAGCGGGCCUGGCCCAUAUCGCCAGGCCGACCGCUAUGGAUUCAUUGGGGGCAGUUCGGCAGAGCGAGGGCCGGGCCACGCCCCUGCAGACCUCAUCCGCCAACGGGAGAUGAAGUGGGUGGAGAUGACCUCUCACUGGGAGAAAACCAUGUCCCGGAGGUACAAGAAGGUGAAGAUGCAGUGCCGGAAAGGUAUCCCAUCUGCCCUGCGUGCCCGGUGCUGGCCCCUGUUGUGCGGGGCCCACGUAUGCCAAAAGAACAACCCUGGCACCUAUCAGGAGCUGGCAGAGGCCCCUGGAGACCCACAGUGGAUGGAGACCAUUGGCAGGGACCUGCACCGCCAGUUCCCCCUGCAUGAGAUGUUUGUGUCACCCCAGGGCCACGGGCAGCAGGGGCUCCUGCAGGUGCUCAAGGCCUACACCCUGUAUCGACCGGAGCAGGGCUACUGCCAGGCCCAGGGGCCCGUGGCUGCUGUGCUGCUCAUGCAUCUGCCCCCGGAGGAGGCCUUCUGGUGCCUGGUGCAAAUCUGUGAGGUCUACCUCCCUGGCUACUAUGGGCCCCACAUGGAGGCUGUGCGGCUGGACGCCGAGGUGUUCAUGGCUCUGCUGCGGCGGCUGCUCCCGCACGUGCACAAGCACCUGCAGCAGGUGGGCGUCGGGCCCCUGCUCUACCUGCCAGAGUGGUUCCUGUGCCUCUUUGCCCGCUCCCUGCCCUUCCCCACAGUGCUGCGUGUCUGGGAUGCCUUCCUCAGUGAAGGUGCCAAAGUGCUGUUCCGUGUGGGGCUGACGCUGGUGCGCCUGGCGCUGGGCACUGCAGAGCAGCGCAGGGCCUGCCCUGGCCUCCUGGAGACACUGGGAGCCCUUCGAGCCAUCUCCCCCACACAGCUGCAGGAGGAGGUCUUCAUGUCUCAGGUGCACAGCGUGGUGCUGUCGGAGCGGGACCUGCAGCGGGAAAUCAAGGCCCAGCUGGCCCAGCUGCCCGAUUCUGCACCGGGGCCCCCGCCCCGGCCACAGGCCCGCCUCGCCGGGGCCCAAGCCAUCUUCGAGGCCCAGCAGCUGGCAGGGGUGCAACGAGGUGCCAAGCCUGAGGUGCCUCGGAUUGUAGUGCAGCCCCCGGAGGAGCCCAGACCACCACGGCGGAAACCCCAGACCCGAGGCAAGACUUUCCAUGGGCUCCUGACCCGGGCCCGGGGCCCCCCCCUCGAAGGACCCCCCAGACCCCAACGAAGCUCCACCUCCUUCCUGGAUACCCGCUUCUGAGAGGACGAUGGACUCAGUUUCCCCCAGGCUCGAUCACCUGGUGGCUGAUACCCAGUCCUGCACUUUACUCUUGGGACCUGGGGACUCAGCUUCCUUCCUGGCAAGGACUAGGCGGAGGAGGAGGAGGAGGUCCUCUGUGGUACAUACUGGGUGAGGCACUAGCAUGGAAGGGGGUCCCAGAGUGGGGCACGUGAGGACCGAUGGAGCCAUCCUGGUGCCCAGGCCCUCACAAGUACCAAAGCCAGCACUGAACAAGUCAGGGAAGGGGUUGGCUGGGCCAAGGGACCCCAGAGAGCUCCAGGAAUAAAAUCUUGAACAGAUGCCUCA